GUAAAUUGUGCACUAGGUACACUGUAUCGUUUGGCUGAACUGAAUAGUUACAUUUUACGUUAAACGGAAAAGGCUAGAGUGGAUUUCUCUAAAGAGACAUCGAUCAUGAUUAUAGCGCUUUGUUUUUUCAUUACGUUUCUAUUUUAAACCAUUCCUGUAUCUUUUCACACCAUUGUCGGUGUGAUAUUUCAGGGAGUGACAUCGUCCACACCACAACAACGGUCGAGAAACUGGUGACCUUUUGACCUGAGUGAACAAUGAACUGAGGGCAACCCCCCCCAACCCACCCCUACCCCUCCCCCCACCCCCUCUCCACCAGCUCUAGCAACAGAAAACCCUCUGCCCCAUCACCCCAGACCUGGGCAGAGGAGUGUGUGUGUGUGCGUGCGACUGCGUGUGGCGUGUGUUUUCUGAGUCUGCCCGUGCUCCAGAAAGAGCAAAUAGGCUAACCUCCCCCCUUGCCUGAGAGGAGGCACUUCUGACCCUGUUUGACUGACCCCAGCCAACAGUCACCACCACCAGGAAGCAUGGGGAGGAAGAAGAUUCAGAUCCAACGGAUCACCGAUGAGAGGAACAGACAGGUGACGUUCACCAAGAGGAAGUUUGGCCUGAUGAAGAAGGCGUAUGAGCUGAGCGUGCUGUGUGACUGUGAGAUCGCCCUCAUCAUCUUCAACCACUCCAACAAGCUGUUCCAGUACGCCAGCACCGACAUGGACAAGGUCCUGCUCAAAUACACCGAGUACAACGAGCCCCACGAGAGCCGGACCAACGCUGAUAUCAUCGAGACGUUGCGAAAGAAAGGCUUCAGCGGUUGCGAAAGUCCCGAGCCGGACGGCGAGGACUCCAUCGACCAGAGCCCCCUGAACGACGACAAAUACCGCAAGACCACCGAAGACCUAGACAUUCUCUUCAAGCGCUACGGUGUAAGUUCUUCGGUCCCGCCCCCCACAUUCUCUGUGCCCGUCACCGUCCAGGCCUCUAAUCAGAACGCAUUGCAGUUCAGUAACUCUGGGAACGCCAUGGUGACCACCUCCUACGUGACGUCGUCAUCGCUCUCUGACAACCACCACCUGUCACCCCAGCCACCGGCGCUCCAGAGAAACACAGUAUCUCCCGGGUUGCCACAGCGACCGGCCAGCGCAGGUGCUAUGCUCGGAGGUGACUUGAACAACUCAAAUGGUGGCUGCCCAAGUCCAGUCCCUAACGGUUACAUCAGUGCCAGGGCCUCCCCGGGCCUCCUCUCGGGGUCCAACGGCAACAGCCUGGGGAAAGUAGUUCCGGCCAAGUCCCCACCUCCGCCUCAGAGCCCACAGAUGGUCAACAGCCGCAAGCCAGACAUCCGGGUAAUCACCACUCAGGGUGGGAAGAGCCUGAUGCAGAUGACAGAUGAUGAGCUGGAGAUGGUGAGCGAGAAUGCCCAGCGUUUGGCCGGUGCACAAGUGACCCAGAUGCUCACCACACCGGUGGUCUCCGUGACAACGCCCAGCCUCCUGGCGCAGGGGAUGCCCUUCUCCGCCAUGCCAACAGCUUACAACACAGAAUACCAGCUGACGAGCGCUGACAUCACCGCUCUCCACGCCCUGGCGUCACCAGGCGGCCUGCUGCAAGGCAACGCUCCAUGGCAACAGUCUUUAUCCCAGCAGCAGCAGCAACAUCAACAACAGCAACAACUUAGUCUGGCGUCGCUUAGCAACUUGGUCAUGUGGGGCAUGGACAAACAGAGCGGGGAAUUGUCUAGCCAGAUCUCCAGUCUGGCAGCCAAUCUGAGCGCCUCGCAGUCCAACCUCCUCUUGGGUAGAGAUGAGUGGUUGGGCCGGCCGGUGGGCCACAUACCUCAGAGCGCCAUGCUGACUGUCAACACCAACUCCAAUGUGAGCAUCAAGUCUGAACCCAUCUCGCCCGGCCGAGACCGCCGCUCACCGUGCCCCCCGCCGUCCUCCUCUGGAGGGGGCAUCCAGACGACCGUGCCCCCGCCACAGUACCCUGGUUCCCUACUGUGCCUGGAGCCACCAACCGGCCGUUCCCCCGCCCACAGCCUCAGCAGCAACGGCAGCUCCUACGACGGCAAUGACCGGGAUGACCCUGGGGCAGGCGGAGGCAUUGGCGGAAGUGCAGCGGGCAACCGUGGCCGUUCCCUGCCUCCUGACUUCAGCCCUUCGGUGGAGCUCCUGCGGGCCCAGAAUGAGGUGGAGCAGGAGGGGGCCAACAUCAAACGCAUGAGACUCGACGCGUGGGUCACAUAGAGGCCACGCCGCCAACGUCAUCGACCCCUGAAGCACCCCGAACACAGACCCCUCCCCCAACACACACUGAACCCCCCCCCCCCCCCCC